UUAAAAUGCUAAAAAUCAGUUUAUUUCACUUGUCUGAAGGUGUCAAACGUUACUUUGGAAAAGAUGUGGUUCCUCAAAGUAACAACGUUAUUUUUGCUGAGUUUGGGUUGUCUUGGUAAUACUUUAAAAGCAGAUUUAUUUGAACUUUCUGUAGUGCACCUUAAUGAUUUCCAUGCGAGAUUUGAAGAGAUAAGUAGUGCAUCUGGAACGUGCAAAGACACAUCUUGCAUCGGUGGAUUUCCAAGACUGGUCACUCAAAUCCAGGAACUAUUAGAUACGCAACCCAAGUCCCUCUUACUGAAUGGCGGCGAUAACUUUCAAGGCACCCUGUAUUACACCUUGGGCAAAUGGAACAUAACUCAAGAGUUUCUGAACAAAUUACCGUUUGAUGCUAUCGUUCUAGGUAAUCACGAAUUUGAUGAUGGUAUCUCUGGUGUGGUACCUUUCAUUACAAGUUUAAAAGCACCCGUGGUGUGCUCCAACAUUGACGACAGUAAGGAACCUACUAUUCAAGGUACUUACACAAAAAGUACUAUUGUAGAAAGAGACGGAAAGAAGAUAGGAAUAAUUGGUGUUCUCUAUGCAAAAACUACCGAAAUUUCUAGUACGGGAAAUUUACAAUUUUAUCCAGAAUCCGCAAGUGUAAACGAGGAAGCUGAAAGGCUAGUUAAAGAAGAAGGAGUGUUUACAAACAUUGUUCUGUCCCAUGUAGGAUAUGACAUUGAUCAGGCAAUCGCAGCAAAUGCCAGUGAAAAGAUUGGUCUUAUUGUUGGAGGACAUUCUCAUACAUUUUUAUUCACUGGAGAUGAAACUAUCGUUGAGGAUCUGGCACCUUGGAAAGAACUAGUUGAUGCUCAAGGAACAGUAGUUCUGGGUUCAACAAGUGUCAUUUUGUCCAAAGCUGGAUGCUAUUACAGUGAAUGUACCUUGGGAAACUUUGUUACUGACGCCUAUGUUUUUGCUUACACCGAAACCAAUACACCAAACGGAUCAUGGACUAGUGCUGCCAUAGGUUUGACAAAUGCUGGAGGACUACGAGAUAAUAUAGCUAUUGGAGAUAUGACCUAUAGUGACGUAUUAGUGGCUCAACCGUUUGGAAACACAGUAGAUUUUGGACAGCUCAAAGGAAAAUACAUUAAAGAGUUACUAGAACAAACCACUCAAGGUUAUAACUCUCAAAGGGUUUUGUCUGAUCUAAAACUCCUACAAGUAUCAGGAUUGCAUGUGGUUUAUAACCUCUCCAGACCAUUAGGAGACAGAGUACAAAGUGUAAAGGUUCGCUGUCAACAAUGUGAAAUCCCCAUUUAUGAAGACUUGGACGUGGAUAAAUCUUACAACGUUGCAGUAAAUUCAUUUAUAUCUGGAGGUGGAGAUGGUUUCACUGCCUUGAGUGACAAUAUCGAGAAUUUGGCGAUCGGGCAAGUGGACAUUGACAUAUAUGUCAAAUUCAUCGAACACAGAUCACCGGUGUUUCAAGAAGAGGAAGGAAGAAUCACAGUCCAUAGCGAAGGAGAAAUUCUAUUUAAGGCCAAUGACUAAAUAAAGUGUAUUUUGUAGUGUUUUUUGAGCCAAUAAAUGAUCAAAUUUA